GUAAAUUUGUAAAAAAAGAUUUAGAUAUUGCGAAAGAAAAAUUGUGAGUGAAAUCUUUUAUUAAAAGGAGAUUUACUUUGACGUAGUAACUGAAUCUUCGCUAAGUUUUUUCAAUAUCAGUGUAUAUCUGGAGUUCAUUCAUCGUUAAAGGUGGAACGAAAUGAAAGCUGGGUGCGUAUGUCGCCAAAGGGUAUCAGCUGGCAGGACAGGUUACCAUCUGGGAAAUUGGAAGCGUCGUCGGGCGGCGGUGCUUGCUUUCGAUCCAACAUUUUCCAGCAUCAUGUGUCGACUUCCUCCCUGCAAGGGCAGGUGGUGUGUCGCGUCGCGCGGGAACAAGAGGGAUGGAAGUUGCCUUCGGGGACGAGAUUUACGAGCGUCGCCGGUCGGCGCGAAAAAGUUUACAUUUGCUUGUGUCUCUUCCUGCCUCUCUUUCUGUCUCUUUUCCUCUCUCUGCGGCUUGCCGGAAGUGACCAAGAGGAUUGACGGCGUCGCGUGAUAAAAUGCAGUCAAGAUAAACUGGAUGUCAUGAAUUUUGACAUUUAGUCGCGUCUCCUGGUAAGAUUGCGGUUAUCCUUCGAUUAUUUCUUAUCUAGAAUAUGGGAUUUAAUCCCUUCAGAAUUCUAAACGAAUGAUAAAACGAAAAAAGUCCAAGAGAGAUAUUCAAAAGACAAAAAAA